AUGACACCAGUCAAAUCUUACUCUACGAUGACGAGAUUCCAAUGUUCUGAAUAUCUACACGUCCCCAAAAAUUUAGGAUUGAAUUCAGCCAAAUCUAGAAUAAAAUCCUUCUUCCAGUUAGGAUCUGAUCAUGGCCAGCUUCUUACCACAAAUCAUAUUGAAAAUUCUUGGACAAGAACGUAUGCAACUAUGCCUGAAAAGAUCCCAGAAGAUGAUCCAAUUUCAAAUAUGUUGGUUGAUUCAUUUGGAAGACAGCACACUUAUUUAAGAAUAUCCUUAACAGAACGCUGCAACCUACGUUGCCAAUAUUGUAUGCCAGCUGAAGGCGUGGAGCUGACACCUGGAUCCAAGGUUAUGUCACAGAAUGAGAUUGUACGUUUAGCAAGUUUAUUUGUACAUUCUGGAGUCAACAAAAUCCGGUUGACUGGUGGGGAGCCCAGCAUUCGGAAAGACAUUGAAGAAAUCUGCUCACAGCUUUCUAACUUAAGAGGACUAAAAACUCUUGCCAUGACUACAAAUGGCCUCACUUUAGCAAGAAAGCUUCCAAAACUAAAAGAAUGUGGCCUUAAUUUGCUUAAUAUCAGCUUAGACACACUCGUUCCAGCAAAAUUUGAAUUCAUGACUAGGCGAAAAGGGCAUGAAAGGGUAAUGGAGUCAAUUCACACAGCAGUAGACCUAGGCUACAACCCUGUUAAGGUGAACUGUGUUGUGAUGAGGGGAUUCAAUGAUGAUGAGAUUUGUGAUUUUGUAGAGUUAACAAAGGAGAAACCGAUUAAUGUACGUUUUAUUGAGUUCAUGCCAUUUGAUGGUAAUGUUUGGAAUGUCAAGAAACUUGUAUCCUAUGCUGAGAUGUUGGACAUAGUGGGUAAACGUUAUACAGGGAUUAAAAGAAUUCAAGAUCACCCAACAGAAACUGCCAAGAAUUUUACAGUAGAAGGGCAUCAAGGCACAGUUUCCUUCAUCACUUCAAUGACUGAUCACUUCUGUUCUGGUUGCAAUAGGUUGAGACUUUUAGCUGAUGGAAACCUAAAAGUAUGCCUAUUUGGCCCUUCAGAGGUUAGCUUAAGAGAUCCUAUCCGUGAAGGUGCUGAUGAUAAUGAGCUGAGACAAAUUAUUGGGGCUGCGGUGAAGAGAAAGAAAGGGUCUCAUGCUGGAAUGUUUGACAUUGCAAAAACACCAAAUAGACCAAUGAUACAUAUUGGUGGUUAACUUCCAUUUUUACCUUUCAGUUCUAAAUUAUGGUUUCAAAGAUUGAAGUGCUUUCAUAAACAUCCACUUCACGUACUAAAUCAAACACACACGGAUCAUAAGCACAUGAAGUGUACUACAUAGUAAUGAAACCAUCUGUAGCCAUGCAGCUGUUGUGUUUGUGAUAUUUCGUGUUUAUAUUGAUAUUAGUAACCAAUAUGUGUUUUUAGCGCUUUGAGAAUGACUUUAUUUUGUUAUUUUAUAAAGUAUAUAAGACCUUAACUUGGAUCUUUAUUAAGUUUUUAAGCGCCAACUACAUGUUAAUGUGCUUCUACUUUUGGUGGAUAUUUUUAGGUGAUUUCAAAUCAAUCUUGUGUUAUGUAACGUUAUGGCUCUCAUAGAUGUUUUCAAGAUACUGAAGCUCUCAAAUUGAGCUUUCCUUAUUCGAGCAUAUUUCUGGUGAAUAUGUUUGAACUAUUCGAAGUUAAGCCUAAUUAAAUUGGGAUAUACAAUAUGG